ACAGCCUAUAAAGACACUCCAAAGUGACAGUGCAGAUCCAUUUGACAAACACAUUUUGAGGAAUAAGUGUUAGAUUGCAACUCAAAACUUGUUACCCAACUUAUCCACCUAUAGCUAUGGGGAAAGAGAAGAUUCAUGUUAAUAUGGUUAUUAUUGGCCAUGUUGACAGCGGCAAGUCCACCACCACUGGACAUCUCGUCUACAAGUGUGGUGGCGUUGACCAGAGAAAACUGGAGAAGUUUGAGAAGGCCGCAGCUCAAAUGGGCAAGAGUUCCUUCAAGUUUGCCUGGGUCCUGGACAAGCUGAAGGCUGAAAGGGAAAGGGGGAUCACCAUUGAUAUAUCUCUGCUGAAAUUUAACACCCAAAAAUACUCAAUGACAAUAAUUGAUGCGCCAGGACACCGUGACUUCAUCAAGAACAUGAUUACUGGGACAUCACAGGCUGAUGUUGCUCUCUUGGUGGUCUCUGCGGCUAAAGGAGAGUACGAAGCUGGUGUAUCCAGAAGUGGUCAGACCAGAGAGCAUGCUUUACUGGCUUACACUCUGGGUGUCAAACAAAUCAUUGUCUGUGUGAACAAGAUGGAUCUGACUGAGCCGCCUUACAGCCAGAAACGCUAUGAAGAAGUGGUGCGAGGUGUGAGCGGUUUCCUCAAGAAGAUUGGCUAUGACCCUACAGCUGUGGCAUUUGUUCCAAUUUCUGGCUGGACUGGGGAGAACAUGAUCACUGCCACUCAAAGGAUGCCCUGGUACCAAGGCUGGAAGGUGAGACAAAGGGAAAGGAUUCUAAGUGGGAAGACUCUACUUGAAGUCCUGGACUCAAUUCACCCACCUAUCCGCACCAUCAACAAGCCACUACGAUUACCUCUGCAGGAUGUGUACAAAAUUGGAGGAGUUGGGACAGUACCAGUGGGCAAGAUUGAAACUGGUGUCCUCAAACCUGGCAUGACCCUGAUGUUUUCCCCUGCUAAGCUGACUGCAGAGGUAAAGUCCAUUGAGAUGCACCACCAGGGGCUGCAGACAGCUCUGCCAGGACACAACGUUGGCUUCAACAUAAAAAAUGUCUCUGUGAAGAACCUACGUCGUGGGGAUGUGGCUGGCAAUGCCCAGCAAGAUCCUCCCUCAGAUGUCCGCAGCUUUGAAGCUCAGGUAAUCAUCCUGAACCAUCCUGGGAAGGUUAAAGCAGGCUACUCUCCUGUCCUGGACUGCCACACCACCCAUGUCACCUGCCGCUUUGCUGAGCUGAAGGAGAAGCUUGACCGCAGAACUGGCAAGAAACUGGAGGACCACCCACAGAUACUCAUGUCUGGAGAUGCUGCUACAGUCAAGCUGGUUCCCAUUAAGCCCAUGUGUGUGGAGAGCUUCUUCACAUACCCUCCUUUAGGUCGUUUUGCAGCAAGAGACCUCAAGCAGACGGUUGCUGUGGGGGUUAUCAAGUCUGUGGAGAAGGACCAGGGGUCAAAGGCUCCACACAAAGCCCAAGCGUGUAAAUGAGUUUGGUUUGCAGUAUUCUGGUAAUGCAUAUAAAGUUUAUUUAGUAAGAGUGAGUUUUUGUGUGACACAAAAUCCUUAUGUUGUCUUUAAGGUGUAUAAUAUUCCUGUGUUAAUAUUUUGGAAGAGGUGUGGAACUCUAUGUAUUCUUUUGGUUGAAGUUAAAUAAAUUU